CGUAUUCGUCGUGUAUCACAAAAAAAUCAUGUCAGUGUGAGAGAAUUCAUAGCGUCGUAAUUUUCGUUGUUUUUGUAACAAAAUAAAAGUUGGAGAUAAUUUGAAACAAGAGAACAGUUUUUGGAAAUCAUGGAAGUUAAAGAAUGCAGUGAUUUAACUGAAGAAAAUCAAUUCAUCGUCGACGAUGUGAGCAAAAUCAUCAAAGAAGCAAUCGAGAGUUCUAUUGGAGGGACUGCCUAUCAGCACAACAAAGUGAAUCAAUGGACGUCGGCGGUAGUUGAAUCAUGUUUGGGUCAACUGACGAAGCUACAAAAACCUUAUAAAUAUAUAGUGACUUGCACAAUAAUGCAGAAGAAUGGUGCGGGUUUGCACACGGCUUCCUCAUGCUUCUGGGACAACAACACGGAUGGAUCCUGCACUGUGCGCUGGGAGAACAAGACCAUGUAUUGCAUUGUCUCUGUCUUUGGGCUUGGCAUCUAAUUCUUUCCAUCUUCAAAUUUAGAGUCACGCAAACCAAGCCGGUGCUAUACAAUUGUAGUUACACUCUGAAAUAACUUGAAAUUUGACAUGAACAUUUGAGUAACAAAUAGGUAUCUUUGUCUGGUACUAGUCUUUGUUGCUAGAAAUUGUAAUACAAAGAAAUUAGACUCGAGUAGAAAUUUUACAUAUAAAAUCUUUGUUCACUAUUUUCUUUGUAUAAUAAUUUUUAGCAUUGAAAACUAGUACCAGACAGAUAUAUGUUGUAUAAGUGUUCAUGCCAUGUUUCAUGUAAUUUAAGCAUGUUUUUAAACAAGAGUAACUUAGAUUGUUUGGAGUGAUUUUUACGGGUGGGUUUGUGUGCCUCUUAGGCCCACUUGUACCAUUCCACUAACCUGAGGUUAACCGGUUAAACUGUUAACCCAGUGUCAAAUUGUACUGAUAACCAUGGUAACUCCUUGUUUAACCGGUUAACCCCGAGUUACUGGUGCAAGUGGCACUUAUUAAGAUAAUGUAGGCCUAGCAAGUCCAUACUUACAAUUAUCAUUGAUUAUGCUUAAAAAAUGUCUACUAAUGUACUCUGUAGAUUAUCACUUGCUUAGGUAUGGAAGAUGUUUAAAAUUAUUUUAAGUUGUGGUGAAAUUAACAGAAGUAAAGCUUUUUGUUUAGAUCAUACUUUGUAACAAAGUAUUUACUGUAAAAUUAUUAAUCAAUGUAGCAUCUGUUUGAAUCAUAGAAUUUUUGUCUUUAGUAAAUAUAAAACAUACUUUUUAGGUGACUAGGACAUAUUUUCGUACACAAUAAAUACAUGAAAAUCA